CCACUGAUUGGCUGGUGGCAGCGGGAUGAGAGCAAGGGCCGUUGUCCGGCAGACUGGAUUGACACGGCAUCCAAGCACCCAAGUCAGGCUUCAUCCCGCUCACCCCCCACGGGAUCACCCAAAAAGUCCGACCACGACUGCCGACUUCUCGAUACGGUGUCCAAGAGAGGACAAUAUAACGAACCCGGCGCCAUGUCGUCGGUCUGGGCAUCCUCCGAGCCACCAUCUGCCGUCGAGGCCAAUGGCAACCAUGUCCCGCCGCCCCCGCCGCCCCCAGCCGCCGUCGUCUCGACCAACCCCGAGCUCGAUGUCGCCAAGCUCCAGGGCCUCCCCGCCGAGCAGCAGGAGUUGUUCCUGCUCGCCUUCGUCUCCUCCCUGACCAAGCACGUCCUGUCGCUCGAGCCCGACGACUGCACCGCCCAGCAGCUCUACCUGAAGAAGGAGAUCUUCCAGGUCGUCAACCUGCCCAGCCCCGCGCCCUCGCGCGUCGUGAGAAACAACCUCGGCAAGUGUCUGGCCCAGAUCCUGGGCAAGGGCGACAGGAAGCUGCUUUUCGAGACCAUCAACGACCUCAGCGCCCUCGUCUCGUCGGGCAAGUCCAAGACGGAUGGCGACACCAAGGCCCGCCACGCCGCCGUCGUCUGCCUGGGCGAUGUCUACGGCUCGGCCGGCGACAGCGCCAUCGGCCUGCACCAGAUGGCCUGCGGCAACCUCCUGAAGCUCCUCAAGUCCUCCCAGAACCAUGCCGGCAUGCGGGCGUCCAUCUUUGUUGCGUUUGCCAAGAUCGCCAAGAUGCUGGAGGCGAGCCUUGACGAGAGCCUCGCCAGGGAUCUGUGGAAGCAGGCGAGGAACCACGCCUCGGGCGACAAGGGGUCGCUGGUCAUCAUGUCGGCCUGCCGCUGCCUCAAGAGCCUCGUCCGCCACACGCCCUACUUUGACAACUCUAGCGAUUUUGACAAGCUCAGCAGGACCGUCUUCAAGGCCAUCGACGCGGGGUCGUCCCAGGUGCGCCAUGCCGCUGUGGACUGCUUCGCGGAGCUGAUGGUCAAGAACUACGCCGAGGACGGCGCCGACGUUCCAUCCAGGGCCAAGGCGUCAAAGGCCAAGCCACUGAAGCGCACGGGGACGCAGGUGGGCGCUCUCCAGGAUGAGGACGAGCUCCCCGCGCGGUCUGAGAGCCCGGUGCCGACCAAGAAGACUCAAGACCUGGCACUGUCCCUGGCGGAUAUUCUCAAGACCUUCUCGGCCCAUUACGUGCGCUCGUCCACGUCCAAUAGGGCGAGGGCGGCCAUCGGUGUUGGUUAUGGGAAGGUUCUGCACCGGCUGGGAGAGAAAACGGUUGAAGCCAACUACAUCAGGCUGGUCGAGACGCUCACGGUGGAUCUGCUGGGAAACUCGAACAUCUCGAACAACCGCUACCGUCUCUUGAUCUCGCGACGCAUCGUCGACACGGUCAUACAGGACAUGGUGGGACACGAGAUCUUGGGCGAGUCCGGCCAGUCCGCAGCGGCGAGACUUCUCAUCAACGAUAUCCUGAAAAACUACCCACAGUCUCUCAAAGAGCGACCCGAGCCCACCAAACAGACGCUCAUUGCCUCACUUGGUGCGCUGUCGUCACUCAUCAAAUCAUUGGGCUCUGCCGCCAACAACUUCGCCGAGCCCUGCAGGGACGCGCUGCUGCAGGUCCUCCAGCAUCCGAGCUACAGCGUUCAGGUGUAUGCGUCCUCGUGCCUCAAGACAUUCGUGCUGGCAUGCCCUCAACAGCUCCUGCCCUGCCUCUCGGUCUGCAUGAACAGCCUGAGCCGUGAACUCGGGCUCCUCGGGACCGGACGCAACUCGCCGAGGCGGUGUAUGGGCUUUGCCCACGGGCUGGCUGCCGCCCUCAGUGCUAGCCCCCUCCGGCCUCUCCACGGCUCUGUCGAAAUCAACAGCAGAGUGCUGUCGAUGGCGACCAAUCUCCUCAAGACCAGCGGGCAGCAAGAGUUGCGCGUAGCCAGUACGCAGAUCCAAGUCGCCUGGACUCUGAUCGGCGGCCUCAUGUCGCUCGGCCCCAACUUUGUCAAGAUCCAUCUGUCCCAGCUCCUGCUGCUGUGGAAGAACGCCCUGCCCAAGCCGCUGGCCAAGGACAAUGGCUCAUCGCGCAAAUACCUCGAGACGUCAUUCCUGACGCACGUCAGGGAAUGCGCUCUUGGCUGCAUUCUCGCAUUCCUCCAGUUCAACAGCCGGCUGCUCACCGUCGACGUUUCCAAGCGCAUCGCCACGAUGCUGCAGCACACCACGGCCUACCUCAAGACUCUGCCCGCCAAGAAGACCAAUGACGAUAUCUCACAGCGCCUGGCGCCUGCCAUCCAGCUCUAUGACCUCGACAUGAUGGUACAGCGGCGCGUGUUGCAGUGCUAUACGAAGCUGAUCAACCUCAGCCCAGCGGGCGGCACCGAGGCCCUGCUACAGUCUAACCUGCUCACUCUUGCCAUCUCGCUGUUCGCGGACCCGGACAGCUUCACACCAAGCUCGCUGAGCGCCACGAUAGCGAACGCAGCCGGCGCCUUCGACACCAUCUGGGAUGUCGGGGACAACUCUGGGUUCGGCGUGACCGGGCUUGUGCAUGGCUUCAAUAUCAAGCCGCUUCCUGGCCAGCACGAGAACUCGGCCGAGCCUUCGCCCGUCGACGAGAGCGGCCCCGAAGCUGCCAUAGACCGGCUCCUGCUAUCUCCUGUCUGUGGCUCGCUCGAGCACGACGCCUCCAUCUUGUAUAUAGGGCACCCUCAGGUUGGUGCCGAUCUCGAUGAUGAUCUCCCGGAUCCGCCAGCGACCGAGGUGGUCAACAUGGCCAUCCAGCUCUUUGCGUUUGUUUUCCCCUUGACCCCAUCCAAGGUCCAAGAGAGCAUCCUGGAGCAGGUUACCACGUUCCUGUCCGCCGGCUCCCUUCAAAGAGAAACCGGGAGGAAGGCAGCCAUCAACGUCAAUACUGCUGUCGCAAUACUCUGCGCUCUCAAGGUGGCGGUCAAGGAAACGCAAUCGGCGCAUGGCGAUGUCACCAAUCUGGCAGUCGAGAAGCUGCUCCAGGAGAUGAUCCGGGACGUGGUGCUCAGCCCGGACCAGUAUGUGCGCAGCAUCGGGUAUGCAGCAGUGGCGCGGCUUUGCAGCACCUGUGGCAACGCGUUUACGAACCAGGAGAUCAAGUACCUCGUCGACACCAUUGUGAGCAAUCGGGAGCCGAGCGCGAGGGCCGGUUGUGCCAUGGCUCUCGGCUGUAUCCAGACCAAGGUCGGGGGCAUGGCGGCUGGAUAUCACCUCAAGACCAUCCUUGGCAUUAUAAUGUCCCUCUGCAACGACCCGCACCCGACAGUCCACUUCUGGGCGCUCGAGGCUUUUGCCCGAAUGUCGGACGCUGCUGGCCUGGGCUUCUCGAGCUACACUACCAGCACCCUCGGCAUGUUGGCCCAGCUAUAUGUCUCGGACAACCACAACGCAGAAACGGGCUCGGCCAAUUCGAUGGGCCUUGAGGUUGAGCUUUCGACACCUGCGGCCAUUGCCAGGUGCAUCGACUCCAUCAUCAACGUGCUUGGCCCAGACCUGCAGGACUCAACCAAGUCGAGAGAGCUCAUACUCGACCUGACAGGGCAGUUUCAGGAGGAGGAGGACAUGCAGGUCCAGCUUGCUAGCCUUGGCUGCCUAGAGCACCUCUCCCUCUUUGCACCCGGCUUUGUCGACUUCGAGGCCUACGUGAAGCUUCUCCAGACCCAUGUCACUACCAAGCACCGAGCACUUCGUGAUGCGGCUGUCGAUGGCCUGUACAACCUGAUGAAGAGGAACCCGAACGAUGUGAUACAGGCGGCCGACAAAGGCUUCGAGGACCAGCUGUGGCUUGUUCUCGACACGUGUCCCAGCCACGAGGGCAUCAGAAAUCUAAUACGCAACUGGGUGCACCAGACGUGCCUCACGGACACGGCCAUGUGGCUCCAGCGCCUUCAGGGGGUGCUGAAGAUGACGCGCACCAAAGUUGCUGAGACUUCCAAUAUGAGCUCUGGCAGGUCCAACGCCGUGGUUGAUCUCCAAGACGAGGAGGUGGCCGGGUUUGCCGCCGCGGCCGGGGUAGCCAAGGACGACAAGGAUGCGGGCGGGGGCUCCGACGUCGAGGCGCUGCGAUGGCAGGUCAUGACGUUCGUCAUGGGAUGCCUCGGCGACAUCUUCGUACAUGUCAACAAGGAGGUGGCGACUCACGGCGAGUCGGCAGCGCAGUUGGCGCUCCAGAACAAAAUAGCCGAGGUUGUGAGGAUGGCGUUCUCGGCCUCUACUGCAGGUGUGCUGGAGCAGAGGAUAUGGGGCUUGAAGAUCGUAGGGGCGGUGCUCAAGAUGUUUGGCCGAACGCCGGACCCGGACUUUGAGGAGGCCAUGCUUCUAGAGCAGUAUCAGGCCCAGAUCAGCUCGGCGCUGACCCCAGCGUUCGCGGCCGACUCGUCGCCAGAGCUCGCGUCGGAGGCGGUCAACGUCUGCGCGAGCUUCAUAGCGACGGGCAUCGUGACAGACGUGGACCGCAUGGGCCGUAUCCUCAAGACGCUUGUGAGCGCGCUGGAGAACUUUGCGACGGAGCGGGAGAACGUGGGGAUCGGCGAGCUCAAGGGCCUGAGCUCCAACGCCCAGGUCAUGGUCAAGAUGUCCGUGUUCGCGGCCUGGGCCGAGCUGCAGGUGGCAAGCUCGGAGCAGAAGUACCUGUUCGAGGUGCUCAAGUCGCACAUCGGUACGCUGACGCCACUGUGGCUCGAGUCGCUGCGCGAGUUUGCGCGCCUCCGGUUCGAGCCCGACAUCUCCAUGACGCUCGGCCCGCCGUCGCUCUCGGGCAGUCUAGACACCAUCUACGCGGCACUUAACCGCGAGACGCUCCUGCGGUUCUAUCAGGAUGCAUGGCUGAAGCUGGUGGACGCCAUCGCUAGCCUCAUUGAGCAGGACAGCGAGUUUGUCUUUGAUGCCCUGGACGGCAAGGAGACGGACGGGCCGUCGGCGUCGUCGGCGUCGCAGCCCGAUCGGCCUAGGGGCGCCGAUAUUAACUACCGUGACGAGCCGGUGGCUUUCUUCUUUGUGCUUUUCGGCAUUGCCUUUGAGGCACUCACCGCGAAGCCCGGGCAGCCAGACUCGCUCGCGACGCAGGAACAGACGCUCGAGAUUCUCAAGGCGCUCCGCAAGAUUCUGCAUCCGAGCGUGUCGGGACAUGCCAUCUAUCGCGAGGCCAUCUUCUCCGAGGCUAUGGACCUGCUCGACCGCCUCGUGCUGACCGAAGGGCUCGAUGUGCAAGCGGUGAUUGUGGAGAUCGCGCGAGCGCUGUGCGUGGCGCAUCCAGCCGCGCGCAAGAGGACCGACCAGCCCGAUAGUGGAGAGCUGUCCGAGGACAUAGAGCAGCUGUUUGAGCUGACUCGGAUCAUCGUCCUCGUGCUCUCUGGACUGCUGCCGAACCUGACGGAGGCGGUGGCGGGCAGUCAGCAGGCGGCUCCAGUGCGCCACCAGAUGACGGAGGAGGCCAUCCUCCUUGUGCGCACGUCGCUCAACGCUCUUGUGGACGCGGCCGAGGUGUUCCCUACCAUAAUCCGGACGGACCUACACGCUUGCAUCAUCCACAUAUUCGCCACUAUACUGGCCACGCCGGCAUGUCAGCAGAUUAUCGUCCCGCAGUCCCUGCCGACGCUGAAGCGGUUCCUCGGCAUCCUGUCGGGCUCUCGCCGGAACUCGCCGGUCGACGACGGGGGUGCGCCGACCCAAACCGACUCGCAGCUCCAGGGCUGCCUCCGCAGGUUCCUGUCCAUCUACCUGAACGCACAGAAGCGCGAGGAGCCGACGUCCCUCUCGUGUGUCAAGAACUGUCUGCUGGCCAUCACGGUUCUGUUCACCAGCGGGGAGAACCACCUAUCUGCCAGCGACCCGAUCGUGGUGCGGUUCCUUGACGAGGUGGUUGACUGCCUCACGGACAGGAUGACGGCCAAAAUCGCAGCCAACUGCGUCCGCUCACUAGUGGUGCAGUCUAACCCGACGCCGGCGGACCAGUCCAUCGCGCGCUACCUCCUUCCGCGGCUUGUGUCGUUUGUGACCAACACGGAGCCCGAAGACCCAGAACGAGCACGAGCGCUCGUGUCCCAAGCACUUGCGUCCUUGGUGGCUGCUAUCCCCAAGGAUCAGGGCGAGGCUGUCGCGGUGGCUAUGGCAUUGGUGGUGCCAACGCUACUAGCUCGCGCCGCGGCCGAGGACGAUGAUGGCAACGAUGACGACGACAACGACAACGAUGGCCGCAGCGGCAGGGCGGGAGGCGGAGGUGGGGUCGUGUUCCGAGAAACCAGCGCACGACUGCUGGAGCUUGCGUCUGUGGACCAGAAGGCGUUCCGCGGCGUGGUGGCCGGCAUGAGCGAGGGACAGCGGGCCUUUAUGGAGGAGGUGAUCCGCAGCGGACGCAAGGCAACGGCGGAUAAGGACACGGAAGCCAGCACCGGGCAGCCCAGCAUCGCACUCAAGAUGAACUUUGGGGGUUGAUGAGACGGAUGCGGAGGAGACUUUUUAUUACAUAGAGCAUUUGGAUUAGAGGUGAGCGUUAUGAUCAUG